CACUGACAACUUUUGUCACAGCCCAUUGGUCGCAUUUAUGCAGCUUUCUUUAACCACCACGAUCAUUAUACCUCCCUUUCUCCCUUCCUUCACUUUCUCUCCCCCUCUCUUCAUUUAAAGCACAGAACAGACCAGCUUGUCUUUGUGAAGCUUUCUCUAUUUUGAUUGAUAAAUUGACAGAAAGGGUUUGCGAUCUCAGGCGCCACUACUCAACUCUUUGAACACUUCACUGAGCCCGCCCCCUGCCUUCGUUAACUCGCGAGCAGUCGCUAUCCAAACUUUGAUGCAGGUGGAUUGUCUGAACGCCGGAGUUUUAGUGAGCGCAUCCCUUGUUCUGGCUUCCAACUAAGGAGGGUGACUAAAUCAGUUCUCUCUAUACUAAGACGACGAAAAGACUGAAUUUGACCGACCUAGAGUUUCAGCUAGCGAAAUGUCUACCUUUUAAAUUCCUCUGGUUUUUUUUAUUUGUGCAAGUAUUGACUAUUGUACGAACAGAUAGAGACAAAAUACUGGAAAUGCUAGCUUGUAUUUGAAUGUAUUAAUGAUUUGAAUUCGUCGUUUGAAGGUUAAAGUUAUCGGAGAAGUAUCACUUUUGGCUCUUUCAAACAUUUUGAUCGUUAUCUAUGGACAGUAGCCGUGAACUAUCAGGAGAGGAACCCAGAUCUCCAUCUCCACGCCACGAAACGAGCAAGAUGCGUCUAUCACCUGACCGACCCAGUCAUCACCCAGCCCGACCCCCCGCAUCUCUGGCGUCGCAACCGCUCCGCCCUGCUCAUUAUCAAGACGACGAUGAUAGCUACCGUACACACACCCCGCCACCGAGCCAACCGAGAACGAAGGGCUUCAGCAUCGAGAGCAUUCUCUCACCGACGGACAAGCAUCGGAAGUCGCCGAGAUCACCCCCGAUGUCGCCAUCCAGUCCGUCGAUGUCCAGCAAUGGGUACAGUGAAGGGCCCAUAUACGGCUCCACUCGACACCCACUAUCGGCGACCGUUCCGGGCUUGGGGCGGGCGGCGUUGGAUGAGCUUGCCGCUCACCGAGCAGCGGCUCUCCAUAUCCCUUCUGCCGCACUCCCCUUCUCUCACCUAGCGCACAACCCUGCCUUUUAUGCCUGGAUGCACGGGGCAUCCUUCUUGCAUUAUCACGGCAUGCCGGCUUUCAACUCGCACCCACCGAUAGCCCAGCCACUAACCAACAGUAGCCGUCUCGCUAUGGCCAAGGAUAUCUCACCUCGACCAACUCAAUCCCAUAGCAGCUUCGGCGAGGAAGGCGGCGAGAAAGACAGUCGUGAUCGCGAAUCGCCCGAUUCCGAACACCGUCGAAAUAAUGGACACGAAGAAGACGAUGAUGACGACGACGAUCAAUCGCCGCAAAAGAAGAAGAAAAAGACGAGAACUGUCUUUUCGCGAAGUCAGGUCUUUCAACUUGAAUCGACGUUUGAAGUGAAGCGGUACCUGUCUAGUUCUGAGCGGGCUGGACUAGCAGCGAAUCUUCACCUGACGGAGACCCAGGUCAAGAUCUGGUUCCAGAACCGUCGCAACAAGUGGAAGCGACAGAUGGCCGCCGAGCUGGAGUCGGCCAAUCUGGCUCACGCCGCCCAGAUACGCGCUCAGGCAAACCUCGCGCAGGUCAGCGCUGCGCAUGCUCAUGCGCAUGCGCAGCGUAUGGUCCGCGUACCGAUACUCUAUCACGAGAAUCAUCCCACCACGGGUUCGAGUCUGCACUCGCCUAACAUCUUGCCUUUCCCGAUGCCGUACCCCGGUUCGUAUCAUCAAAUCAGCUCGUCAACAUCGUCUACAUCAUCAGCGAGAUCGCCCACGUCAACCAGUAUUGUGACAUGAAGUGUGACCCGUUGAUAAUGGAACAAUGCUAUUCGUAUGAAGAAGGCAACUUUCCCGGAUUCUAUGUACCAGGGUCAAAGUUUAUACGUGUUUUUACACGGGGGAAAAGGUUUAAAACGGCUAGUGGACUAGGAAUGCUGCAUCGAUGAGUUGUAAAAGAACGCCAGUUUAUUUGCUUGGUCACAGACAAGACCCAACAUGAGACCGACAUAAUUAUAAGACUAAACAUUACCUUAUAUUACACCGAAUCGGUCGGUUUGGACUCAGUUUUGAGUCGGGUUGGCGGAGCGACAGAGACUUGAAGUGUUGCAUAGGUCAGUCUGCAGUCAGUCACUGUCCUUGUAUGUAACUUUUAUAAUGAUUGAUAAAGGGUCUACUAAAUGUACAGUUACUUACCUCCCAUGCGUACAUACUCACCCCGAGUUCAGCAGUACUGUAUCACAAGCACUGUUUGUACCUCAUGUGUAUUUUCAAAUGGUCAUGAUUUAACAUUAAAUAGUUGAUUUUGUGUAACUUUGGCCUGUCGACCUACCUAAUUAAAACGUGAGGGCACAUUUCUAUUGUUGGCGCGACCGGGCAGAUAAGUUAAGACAUAUUUAUUUUUGACGCAACAAACAUCACUCCUUUAAUCAUUUGUUUAUUUAUUAUUAAAUGGAGAAACGUACAUGGUGAUUGCAAAGCCGGCUCGAGGCUUGCAAGACAUUACAGCAAAGUUGAUUUAAUCAGUAAGCAUAUAUGAAAUAUGAUAUUAUAUAUAAAAGGUGAAUUGAAUAGUUCGUCGCAGCUAUUUCUUCGAGUAAAAAAAUCAGAACGUUAAGUACAGACUAUAUAUAUCGUUAUCAACUGGUUUAUUGAACUAUCAGGUAUCAGAUGCAUACAUGCCGAAUCCAUGAGGGAUUCGUGUACAUUAUAAACUCAUAAUUUCCGCGAUUGUGACAAAUAAUUCAGGCAGCAUCGUCAGUCCAAAAUAUCUCAAAUAAAUCAAGAAAAAGAGAUUGUUGUCUAAUGUGUUAAUGUUUCCUCGUCACUGUACAAUUUUACUACCGCACAAAUAUUCAAGUAUGCUUAGAAAUCAAAAUGAUAUUUUUACGAAACUUUAGUUAUGUGUUAAAAUCAGUAUCCAGCGCCUUUUAAAAACGGCAAUCGUUUUUUUCAUUUACGAAUGGAGGGGGGGGGGGGGAAUUGUACAUCCAGAUUUAGUGUUCUAAGUCAUGCAUGAAGGCUUGGGUAAAUUCAAAUAUAAAAUUGUAUUUAUCACUUUUCUCGUGACCCGAUGCUGUAAAUUAUCAAAUUGCAAUGUUUUGUGUACUAUAUGUUCUGUCAAAAUAUGAUGUUUGUAAUAUAAAAGAGAAUAAUUGUAAAUAUUCAAUGUUUCGUACGCCACGUGAAUAAAUUAUCCUUACGAUACUCGUUAAAACGGCAA